UGUCUCUCUCUCUCUCUUCCUAUCUGUCCUCGGGGGGCGUGACGGAGCGCGCGGAGCGGACAGACUGCGGCUCUUUUUCUCUAAAAUGGCUGAAAUGUGAAACGAAAAGAAUAAAAACAGAAAGAGGAACAGAAAGCAGGAGGUUUCCGGUCUGUUGUUGUGGUUUCUGUUCGGACUGGCGCGGAUUCUACUGGAUUCUACCGAGACUGAAACUUUCAAUGAACUGCAGGGUUCUCCACAUCCUGAACCCUCGCCACGGGGGUCCGUCUCCCAUCAUGCCCGUCGACAUGGCCGUGAGAAUCUGCCUCGCCAGCUCGCCUCCUCUGCGCUCCUUCCUCAGUAACUAUGACAACCGCUGUUCUUCCUCUGCAGCCGCUCUACUGCCGCGCUGCCAACCACUGCGACCGUGUCUGGCUUCUGGUCGCUGCAGCGACACCUUCGCUAGCAGCAGCAUCACCACGGCAACGGCGGCCUCAACAUCAGCGUCAGCAGAGAACAGCAGCCAGGCGUGGCUGAGGAAGAAGAAGAAGAAGAGCGUGGUGUUUGCAGACUCUCAAGGUCUGGCGCUGACCGCCGUCCACGUCUUCAGCGAGUCGGAGGACGACCUGCUGAGCGAGCUGCAGUUCCACCUGACUGAGCUAGAGGACGCCACAGGCAGACUACACCUGGGAGACAUCACAGACUUAGCUGAUGGGGGGUUGGGCCUGGUCCUGGACUUCACCCAGCCGGCUGCAGACUACCUGGACCUGAGGAACCGGCUCAAAGCCCAGCAGGUUUGUCUGGAGACGUGUUCAGUCCAGGACCGCCUGCUCUCAGGCACCGUGCAGGUCCGAAACAUCUGCUUUGAGAAGUCCGUCUCAGUCCGGAUCACCUUCGACUCGUGGCGCUCCUUCCAGGACGUUCCCUGCCACUACCUGAACAAUGUGUACGGCUGCCCCGACAUCGACACCUUCGACUUCUCUGUGAUGGUGCCGGAGAUCCUUGAGCCGGCCGACAGGAUGGAGUUCUGCAUUCAGUACCAGACUCGGGACCGGACCUUCUGGGACAACAACCUCGGGAACAACUACCGACUGGUGGUGACGGAUCCACACGGCAGCCCGACACGGAUCCCUGAGAGCACAGCCGGGCUGCAGGUCCAGAGAGACGGCAGUGGGGAGGAGCGGCAGGAGAGGGAGUUUGAUCCGUUAGGAAGCCCCAGGACGUCAGCAGGGAUCUUCUCAGAGUGGCAGAGCUGGGGCCGGGUCGAGACCAGCGCCCCCUACUGGUGAGACCACCACAGAAUGUGUUAAUGUGCUCUCACAGGACUUCAGCUGCACUGAGAAGUUAUUCCAGAUGUUUGUAGAGGACACUGCAGACUGCUUUCACUCGUCACUUUAGCUCCCAACAUGAGUUCAUUUGAGUCUUUUGAAGACGAGUGUUGACGUCUGGACGGACUCAGGAUAACUGUCACUUUAACGUCAAACUGUCUCGGCAUAAAUCUGUCGAACUCAUCACGACACUCGAGCAGUUGGUCAGCACAAAUCUUUUCAAAUUUGCACCCAAAAACCAAAACCUGCUGAGGACCGAAUGGAUGAAUCAGACGGAGACAUGGGAGACCUCUCGGGAAUACUUAACUUAGAUACACAGGGAUUCCUUCAUCGAUGCUCACAGCGUCACCUUUUGAAAUAUGCAAAUAUAACAAGUCUUUCCACAACAUGACUGAGCAGCAGGAAGACGAAGCUUUGAAAAAGCAUCAGAAGACUUGAGAAGUCUCACACACACGUAUUCAGAAGUGCUUUUCUUUAAAACCUCCCAAACAUUCAUGAGGCCUUCUUGUGCUUCGUAAAGCUUCUUUGUCAUUUCUGAAACUCCCCAACGUCAGAAUCCACGUGGCUCCACCAGGAUUCAGUUUCAUCGGCCUUUCAGGAGAGUUUCAUCUGGAUUUAAGAGGACUUUGAGUGAAGAGUGUGAAGGAUUAAUUCCACGUUAAACUGCAGGGCUUCUUAUUAGACCUUUAACAAUUAGUCGAUAAAUAGAUUAGUUGCCAAUUAUCAAAUUAAUCGUCAACUAUUUUGAUAAUUGAUUACUUGUUUUGAGUCAUUUUUUAAGAAAAAAUGUCCAAGUUCUCUGAUUC